UACCGCCACCACUACCUACCCACGGAAGGCCUCCUCGACCCUAUACACGACCGUGCUGAACUGGAUAGACUUCGACCUCGUCUUCGUGCAGAAAGCCAAUCUUCGUCUAUUUGAAGAACUCGUACAAAUAAGUACUGCUUUGCUUAGAAUCAAUCCUAUCUUCUCUAUAAGAACUUUUGGACAAAUAGGCUGUUUUCUUCAGAAACUUCCCCAAACAAUUGUGGACCCAAAGGUACGCGUCUUCCGCUUCUUGUCUCACGACCGCACGAACGCGCGCGUGAUGCCUCCACGGAGCUGGGUCUGCGGAGAGAAGCUUGCGUACCUCUCUCGUCAUCUGCAUGAAUUUGACGUUGCGGAUGACCGGCCAGCGCUGUAUCGCGAGCUUGCUCGUGGGAUGCUGUGUCUCGCGGGCGAGAACGCGUUCGACCUCAACUUCCGGCUUCAGGACAUUCCCGAUGGCGGAUACGACCCUACGCCAGAGGCAAUCAACCAGACCAUGAACACCGCUGGUUUGUCGGAUGAGGAGGCUGAGCGGCGAGAGGAGAUCCUCAAGGCGCUUGCUAAGGAUAUUGGUGUAUGGCUUCGACGCAAGGCUGAGCAGAGCAGGGACGCUGGCCCAGUCGACCUCGAGCGCAUCGCCGCCGGGAAUGCUGCCAAGAAGAAGAAGAAGAAGCACACUCGGACGCGCAUCACCCACUUUUAUUCGCGUCUCUACUACGACGAACGGGUCAAGGCGACGUUCGAGACGCGAUACGAGCAGGAAUUGGCCAAAUGGCGCUCCGCCAAGCGAUCCGCUCGGUCGAACGGCGUCCGGUUCAAGAAACCGAAGCCCAGCAGGCUCGCGUGGACCAACCGCGUCACCAACGAGUGUUGGGCAAAGGAGACCCCCGAGUUCCGCGAAGCAGUCGAGAAGAUGCAUGCCGAUGAGCUGGCAAAGCAGGAGGCAGCAGCGCGCGACCUCGUCUCUGCCGCUAUCCCGUCGACACCCGAGGAGUUUCAUAAGCUCUAUGACCGUGCGGCAGCCUAUCUCCAGCCGGUAUCCGAUGCUAUCGCGACGAAGUUCGGUGCCGCCGUCUGCAUUCUUGUGUGUGCUCCCAUUCCGGAGGACGAAGGUGAUAUCGGAGUGUUCAGCGCUCACUCGGGUACAUCGAAGGGAUUCAUUCAGCAGAAGUGGCCUAAGGCCGACAAGGAGAAUUUCCGUCGUGUAGAGAAGUAUAUGAUCGAGUUCGGGCAGAAAGUGUUCACUCUCGAAGAACGAAAGGCUCGCGCGCUUCCUCUGGACGGUAGCAAGAGCACUACUGCAGGCGAGCGUGCUGACGAAGACCAUCAAGACGACCCUCUCGACGACCAGGAGGACGAGCACGCUGAGGAGCACGAGCGCCACGAGGAGCACAAGCAACACGACGAGGAGGAUGUGGAAGACGAGGAGGAUGAGGAUGAAGAUGACGAUGAAGAGGACGCGGACAACGAGAAUGAGGACGAGGAACAUGAGGAGCACGAGCACGAGCGCGAGCGGGAGCACCACGAGCAUCACGAAGAGGACGACGAGUUGCACGACGAGCAGGAGAACCGUGAGCAUGAGGUCGACAAUGAUCGCCACGACGGUGAAGAGCAGGCCAUCAACGCCACCGACGCUCAUAUGGACGACGAUGAACCCACACACGACGCCAUGCAGCAGGAUGCACCAGCACCCUCAGCGCCGGCUGUUCCUCGUGCGGCCCAAGGCGCGCCAUUGUUCCUGCACGUGUCGUCCCCCGCUCCGCCCUCCUCCCCUGCUCCCUCCUCCCCCAUUCAGUCGCCCAUGUUCGGCACAAACCAACUCAUUUCCUCGCCGACGCGCUCCUCAAGUGGCCCUCGCGGCAUAUCCCCGAUCAUCCAAUACAGCGUUCCCGCUGCGCCACGCCACGACACGCUCCCCCCUCUGCGCCAGGCUCUUCCAGCAGGAGAGCAGCAAAGUGCUUCGCCUGGCCAUUCGCUCCCGCCAGUCCGUGGUGCACGCGUGCAGCCGCCUCGCGGGAAACCUCAUCCACGGUCAGUCUCGGACGCCGCGCCUCAUGCCCCUUCGCAGCCACGUCCAACGCAAGCGCAUACCUCCGCCCCUGCAGCCGCCGGCGCUUCGUCCGCGAGUGUGUCCUCGCACCCUGAACACGAAGUGUGGUCACUGCAUCCGACAUCGGCAUGGUCGGACCACGUCCGGAAGGCUUUCGAAGCCUGCGCUCGCGGGAAAUCGUGGGGCACGUCGUUCGCAGACGCCGUUAUGUCGUACAUCGACUUCGAGGGCGCGCACAAGUUUCCCACCAAGACCACCGGGCGCAAGGUCAUCAGCGACAAGGGCACGCGUCCCGCGGUAUACUCCGCAUGGACCAAGAUAGGGCGCCCUUACUCGAAUACGAUGAAUAUCGGUGCCGUUGACCCCUAUCGUGCAACCUGGUGGUCUUGGUGGUCGGCUCAUAUGCCCGCCGUGCGACGUCUCCCUGGUGGCAGCCUGCUGGACCCCGCACGUCUUGUGGAUGUCAUCCGGAGUUCUGACGACUGGGAGGGGCUCGACCAAGUCUUCGGGAAGGACGGCAUGCUCCAGUUCUUGCUCACGUUGCUGUGGUGGGGCGACGCCGUACACGGCCGUGGCAACGCGAAGCAGCGCGCAGAGUGGGAAAUUGCGUGUGCUGACUUCAGCGGGAUCCUCGACGCCAUCAUCGUCACCACGGGACACAAGAAAGCCAAUAGAAAGAGAAAGGCUCCGGGGGACGACGCCGGCCCUUCGAAGAAGGCGCGGCAGUCACACGAGAAGCCAUGCCCGCCUCGUCGCUCUUCACGCCACACCUCUGCACCCACGCCCUCGACUUCGAAAGUUCGUCGUCACUGAUACCAUGCACUCAUUUCCCAUACUAUACGUUCCUUCUCAUUAAUCCCCCCUAUAUCUCCGUUGCUUAAUCUCGCUAUCACGUCUAUAUGCUUUGUCUUGCUCUUGUGCUUUCGUUGUUUAUUGUCCUACCUCUUGCUUGCUGUUUUGCUUCACUGCUGUCAAUAUCUUUACAUGUUGCUAUACCUAAUCCUCUACAUCAAUCUAAUCUGUUUGCUUUC